AUACUCUUGAACAAAGUAUCAGAUAUUUGUUACUUUUCACAUUUAAUGCACCAACCCUCUGACUUUGAAUCUGUCUUUUUGAGCAGUUCAACUACGGAAACAAAGCAAGCCAAAGAAGAAAAAAUUUCGAAGAAAAUUUUUUUUUAAAAAAAAAAACCCACCCAAAAGCAAAAGGAAAUAUUCCUAGAAAACGAAACGAGAUUUAGAAGUUCCUGUAGCUUUGGAUUCUUGGGUACCUCAGAAAAUCAAGGAACUUUUUUUUUCUUUUGGAUUGAAUCGGAGAGAUGAUGGGUAGUGGUUGUGUUGAUGUCUUGUGGGCUCAGUCGUUGCUUUUCUGCAUUAAAAGAGAAAUCUCGAGUGUUAUGAGACAGAAUGAGAAUUAAAAACUGGAUAAACAUUAAAAAAUUCAGCAUUAGUGGGAGACUCCGGAAGAUGAUGAAGUGCAUUUGCUCAGGGCAGCAGCAAUUAGUAGUUGAUGAAUUAGUUGCUUCAUCAGAGUCACUGGCAACCCGAGACUAUUCAGCCAGUGGAGGGUAUUCAUCUCGAGCUGGUGAGGCUGAUACGAAGGUGGAUACCAGCAACAUAGAAGAAGCUGAGUCGUCCCUCCGUGAGAGUGGAUUUUUGAACUAUGAGGAAGCGAGAGCUCUAUUAGGUCGGCUUGAGUAUCAGAAAGGAAACAUAGAAGCUGCUCUUCGUGUAUUUGAAGGAAUUGACAUAGCUGCUGUGACACCCAAGAUGAAAAUCUCUAUUUGUAGAAGAUGUGAGCUCCCUCGACGCCAUUCACAAAGUGAUGCCACCCCACCCAUGUCUAUGCAUGCAGUCAGUUUGCUUUUUGAGGCAAUUUUUCUCAAAGCAAAAUCAUUGCAGACUCUAGGGAGGUUCAAAGAAGCUGCUCAAUCAUGCAAAAUAAUUCUGGACACUGUUGAAUCUGCAUUGCCAGAAGGCUUGCCCGAAAAUUUUGGAGCUGAUUGUAAAUUGCAAGAGACCUUGAACAAGGCUGUUGAGUUACUUCCAGAGCUGUGGAAACUUGCUUGUGCUUCCCAAGAAACAAUCUUGUCAUAUAGGCGUGCCCUCCUCUAUCAUUGGAAUCUUGAUAUGGAGACCCAAAGAAAUUUAGAAAAGGAGUUUGCAAUUUUUCUUCUUUACAGCGGUAGUGAUGCAGCCUCUCCAAAUCUUCGUUCCCAGAUGGAAGGCUCCUUUGUACCAAGAAACAAUAUUGAAGAGGCUAUUCUUCUGCUACUAAUUAUUCUGAGAAAAUCUGUUCUUGGAAGAAUUGCAUGGGACCCAUCAAUCUUAGAUCACCUUUCUUUUGCCCUAUCUGUUGCAGGUGAAUUAAGGACACUUGCCCAUCUGGUUGAAGAGUUGCCUCCUGGGAUCCUGGAAAGAAAAGAAAGAUAUAGCACGCUAGCAUUAUGUUACUAUGGGGAAGGUGAGGACAUGGUGGCUUUGAAUCUGUUGAGGAACCUGUUAAAUAAUAGAGAGAACCACAACUGCAUAUUUGAGUCAUUACUGGCUUCAAAAAUUUGUGGGCAGAAGCCUGAUUGCUUUGAAGAAGGGAUAACCUAUGCUCGCAAAGUGCUUUCCAGUUUUGAAGGAAGAUGUGACCAGAUGGCAAGUGUUGCAAAUUGCUUACUUGGUAUCUCACUUUCUGCUGAAUCAAGAACGAUUGCUUCUGAUUCUCAGAGGAUUCUGAGACAGUCUCAAGCACUUGAGGUGCUAGAAACAGCCAAAAGAAUGAUGAGAGAAACAAAUCCUAACGUCAUAUUCCAUCUUAGUCUAGAGAAUGCUGAGCAGAGGAAGUUGGAUGUUGCUCUUUAUUAUGCAAAGCAGCUAUUGAAACUUGAAGCUGGAUCUAGCGUUAAAGGGUGGAUCCUUCUAGCUCGCUUAUUAUCAGCUCAAAAACGGUAUGUUGAUGCUGAGAAUAUAAUUAAUGCUGCUCUAGAUGAAACUGGGAAGUGGGAUCAAGGAGAUUUGCUGCGAACUAAAGCUAAACUUCAGAUAGCACAGGGCCAAUUAAGGAAUGCCAUACAGACAUAUACUCGUCUUCUAGCAGUCCUUCAAGUUCAGAGUAAAAGCUUUGGGAUUCAGAAGAAGCUAUUAAAGAGCAGGGGAAAUUGGGACAGAGGAUUGGAAAUGGAAACGUGGCAUGAUCUUGCAGAUGUAUACACAAGCUUAUCACAGUGGCGGGAUGCUGAGAUAUGUCUCUCAAAAUCCAAGGCUAUAAAUCCUCAUUCUGCUUCUAGGUGGCAUUCCACCGGUUUACUCUAUCAAGCAAAAGGGCUCCACAAAGAAGCUCUGAAAUCGUUCGAGAGCGCAUUGGACGUUGAACCCAAUCAUGUUCCUAGCUUGAUUUCCACUGCCAUUGUCCUCAGACAGCUCAGUGACCAGUCGAUACCCAUUGUGAGAAGCUUCUUGACAGAUGCACUGCGGCUCGACCGGACAAACCCUUCUGCUUGGUACAAUCUAGGGCUGCUCUACAGAACCGAGUUCGGUGAAUCAACAAAAGAGGCUGCUGAAUGCUUUGAGGCUGCAGCCAUUCUCCAAGAAUCUGCACCAAUUGAACCCUUCAGAUGAUCUGCCUGCAGCUUUUCCACCUCUAGAUGUACACAUUGCCCAGCUUAUAAUUAUAAUUCUCUUGAAUUCAUAUCCACGUGUAAAAACAUAGGGUAAUUUUAUUGGGAAAACACCAAAAAGUAUUUAUUGUCUUUUUUCACUGUGUAAUAGCUGUUGUAUAUUUUAUCCAAUGUUAGAUAGGUUCGCUAUAGUCUGUAAGCAUGAGAUAGUUUUUGUUUUUAUAUAUAUAUAUGAUACUUGUAAGAUUAUAUAAUCCAGUUGCUGCCUUCAUGGUCCUA